AAUGUAUAACAAAAAUGUAUGUAUUUGUAUAUUUGAAUAACAAAUAUACAUUUGUAUGAUUUGUAAGAAUUUACAAUAUGGUUCGUUUGCCACCAUGUAGCUCAAUAAAGAUCCUGCUUGUAAUGCUGUCAGUGAACAUUUUCUGGCUGAUUAGAGUGUAUCCACCAUAUGCUUAUAAUAAUAACAAUAGUAAUGCAGGCACAACCCUAAAACUCGAAAAAACUAUACAAAAAAUAAAGUCUGAAGCCGUCUCAAAUUGUCCUAAUUAUUCAGAUAACGUGAAUAAGUCGCCGUCGCCAAAAUUAAGCAUUGACAGCGAUAUACCAAAGAAAAAUAAUAAGAAUAAUAAUUACAAUAAUGAUACAGUAUUGACAUUUGAAAAUAUUGACUUGAGUUAUGGACGUUGGGAUAACCAGCAUUUGUACAAAAUAAAGGAUUUUGCCGUAGUAGGAGAUCAAUAUGCAGAAUCCUCGAAAAGUAGUCUGAUCUGCCUUGCAACCCAGAGUUCUGUGGAACGAUUGUACUCUCUGCCCCAGGUUGCUGAAAACUGGCGUGGUCCUUUGUCAGUGGCGUUAUUCUCGGCAGGAAACGAGGAGUAUGUUGUUUUACGAUAUUUCGUCACAUAUAUGCGACUCUGCUUUCCAAAUAUUAAGGCAAAUGCCACAUUUCACAUAAUAAUUCCCCGAGAAUUUGACAAUUUGCCCAGAGUCUUGAUGGAAACACACAAUAUUAAGAAUAAAUACAAUUGUCAAUAUCCUGAAAGAACAUUAAAGGCUCUAUUAAAAUUAAGAUCAGUCAAAACUUUGGAAUGGCGUCAAAAAAAUACAUAUCCACAAAAUCAUAUGCGAAAUGUUGCACGUAAAGGAUGUCAAACGAAAUAUGUGUUCCUGACCGACGUGGAUAUAAUUCCCAGUAUUAACAGUGUUGUGCUACUCAACAAUUUCUUCAAAAAUGCCUUUUGCGAAGGAAAUUGUGCCUAUGUUAUUCCUACAUUUGAAAUUGAUGUUCGUGCAAACUUUCCACGUACAAAGGAGAAUCUCUUAGUGCUCAUUAAAAAGGGACUAGCAAGACCAUUUCACGAAAAGGUCUUCAUUUAUAAUCAAUAUGCUACAAACUUUACCAAAUGGCUUUUAUCGAAACGAAAUGAAACUGCCGUCAGUGUAAGCCAUACCGUAACGAACUUUGAGUUUUUGUAUGAGCCCUUUUACAUAGCCAUAGAUACUGUUCCUGUUCACGAUGAAAGGUUUACUGGCUAUGGAUUCACACGAAACUCUCAAGUGUAUGAAAUGUACGUGGCUGGAUAUAAGUUUCUUGUACUUUCGCCCGUUUUCACCUGCCACUGGGGACUUCAAAGAAAGCAAGCGAGACCCGCUUGGAGAGAACAGCAAAAUAACGCAAAUCGCAAAAAAUUUGAUGUCUUUAAAAGUGAAAUAUUUGCACGUUAUAAGAAUGAUCCACAUUUGUAAAUAAAGAAUUUUUUUAAUUCAAUUGUAUUAAUUAA